GACAGAGAGAGAGAGAGAGAGAGAGAGAGAGAGAGAGAGAGACAGAGAGAGACAGAGAGAGAGAGAGAGAGAGAGAGAGAGAGAGAGAGAGAGAGAGAGAGAGAGAGAGAGAGAGAGAGAGAGAGAGAGACAGAGAGAGACAGAGAGAGACAGAGAGAGACAGAGAGAGAGAGAGAGAGAGAGAGAGAGACAGAGAGAGAGAGAGAGAGAGAGAGAGAGAGAGACAGAGAGAGAGAGAGAGAGAGAGAGAGACAGAGAGAGACAGAGAGAGAGAGAGAGAGAGAGAGACAGAGAGAGAGAGAGACAGAGAGAGAGAGAGAGAGAGAGAGACAGAGAGAGACAGAGAGAGAGAGAGAGAGAGAGAGAGAGAGAGAGAGAGAGAGAGAGAGAGAGAGAGAGAGAGAGACAGAGAGAGAGAGAGAGAGAGAGAGAGAGACAGAGAGAGAGAGAGAGACAGAGAGAGAGAGAGAGAGAGAGAGACAGAGAGAGAGAGAGACAGAGAGAGAGAGAGAGAGAGAGAGAGAGAGAGAGAGAGACAGAGAGAGAGAGAGAGAGAGAGAGAGAGAGAGAGAGAGAGAGAGAGAGAGAGAGAGAGAGAGAGAGAGAGAGAGAGAGAGAGAGAGAGAGAGAGAGAGAGAGAGAGAGAGACAGAGAGAGAGAGAGAGAGAGAGAGAGAGAGAGAGAGAGACAGAGAGAGAGAGAGAGAGAGAGAGAGAGAGAGAGAGAGAGAGAGAGAGAGAGAGAGAGAGAGAGAGAGAGAGAGAGAGAGAGAGAGAGAGAGAGACAGAGAGAGAGAGAGAGAGAGAGAGAGACAGAGAGAGAGAGAGAGAGAGAGAGAGAGAGAGACAGAGAGAGAGAGAGAGAGAGAGAGAGAGAGAGAGAGAGAGAGAGAGAGAGAGAGAGAGAGAGAGAGACAGAGAGAGAGAGAGAGAGAGAGAGAGAGAGAGACAGAGAGAGAGACAGAGAGAGAGAGAGACAGAGAGAGAGAGAGAGAGAGAGAGAGAGAGAGAGAGAGAGAGACAGAGAGAGAGAGAGACAGAGAGAGAGAGAGAGAGACAGAGAGAGAGAGAGACAGAGAGAGAGAGAGAGAGAGAGACAGAGAGAGACAGAGAGAGAGAGAGAGAGAGAGAGAGAGAGAGAGAGAGAGAGAGAGACAGAGAGAGAGAGAGAGAGAGAGAGAGAGAGAGACAGAGAGAGAGAGAGAGAGACAGAGAGAGAGAGACAGAGAGAGAGAGAGAGAGAGACAGAGAGAGACAGAGAGACAGAGACAGAGAGAGAGAGAGAGAGAGAGAGAGAGAGAGAGAGAGAGACAGACAGAGAGAGACAGAGAGAGAGAGAGAGAGACAGAGAGAGACAGAG